AUGCCCACCGUCGAGGACUACUUUGACGACGAGACCGACAUCCCCCUCCCCGUCUCGUCCUCGUCCAGGACAGGCCUCCAGGGGUCGGGUCUCCAGGGCGCCCUCCUCGAGGAGAUUACAGACGACAAUGACCUCGACUUUGGCACUCUGGCUGAACAAGGUCGUGGCGAGUAUGGCGCCAACAGCGUCGCCCCUCCUCCCUCUGAAAACGCAAAGGGCAAGCUUGCUGUCCGCGAUGAGCCUGGUGUCGUCCGCCCCUCGGCUCCUGGCGGCGCGAUGCCUCCUCACAUGAACCCCAACACCCCCAUGGGCGGCUUCAUGGGCGACAUGAUGAAGCUCCAAGAGGCCGAGGAGGCCCGCAUGGCCAAGAUGCGUGCCCAGUUUGGCGGUGCCAACGUCGCGGGUGACCCCAACGUCUACAAGUCGUGGAACUCUGUGUACCCGCUCUACUUUGACGCCAAGGUGUCGAUCAAUGGCGGCCGUCGUGUGCCGCGCAAGUCGUCGCUGUGGUGGCCUCUGGCUGCCCACAUUGCCAAGGCGUGUGCCACCCUCGGUCUGCCGAGCGUUCUCGAGCCCGAGAAGACCCACCCUGCCGACUGGGAAAACCCGGGCCGUGUCAAGGUCAACUUUGAAAAGGACGGCCGGUUCAUCAACCCCAUCAUCACCAACCGUUCGCAGCUGUACACCGCCCUCGCUCAGCAGAUGCAAGACGCCAACCCCGACCUCGUCCCCAAGCCCGUUACUCCCAAGCCCAAGACCGAGGCCAAGCCUGCCGCCGCCACCACCGGCAAGUCUAAGAAGGACAAGAAGGGCAAGAACAAGGCCGCGGCUGCCGUUGUCAGGCCCCCCGUCCGCAAGCCGACCCAGGCCCCCGAUGCCCCGCGUCCCUUCCCGGCUCUUGACGCUCGUCUCCCCCUGCAUUCGCCUCUCGUCGAGGCCGGCGUGGCGCUCUCGGCCGUCAAGCGUGACCUCGAGAACGACAAGGAUCUCAAGAAGAAGGGCUUGCUCGGCGGUAACGGCGGCGGCGCCAGCGAAGAGGGCGGCAAGGAGAAGAUGCCCAAGAUGAAGCGCGUCGUCGUCCGUGGCGGCAGGCGUUGA